GUGGAGUUUUGGUUUUUUUAGGUAAGUGGAUGGAUGGAUGGAUGGAUUGUGCCGUUGGUCCCUUUUCCAUCUUGAAGAUGCAUUUUUCUAUUUCUUGUAUAUUCCUGUUUUCAGGUUGGUUCUUGGUGAUUGCGAGUUUUUGGUAGUUUGGGAUAUCGAUUACAGAGAGUCUCUUAAUAGCAAAUAAGUGCAGCGUCGAGGCGAAGACAAAGAUAUGAUUCCCAAGUCGGAUUCGGGGACGGAGAUUGAAGGAGAUGCAUCAUCGCGGAGUUUAGAAAAAGAGGAGAGGGCGAGUGGAAAUUCAAACGCCACUUUAAUAAUGCAGGAUCGCGAUGGAGAAACUACUGAUGUUGAGACACCACCACGAAGGCCAAGCUCACAGGCUUCUAAACCACAUUCACAGUCGAAUAUACCCACAACUACUGGCUUUGACCAAGAAAAACCUUCGGUUCCGAAUGAGACAAGAGAUGAACGAAUCUUAGUUAAUUGGGAUGGAGAGAACGAUCAAGCGAAUCCACGGAAUUGGUCGACGUUAUAUAAGAGUUGGAUUACCUUUCUGUUGGGUAUGUUGGCGCUGAGUGCAAGUUUGGGAAGUAGUAUUAUUAGUCCAGCUGAAAAGACAAUUGCGACGUAUGUUGGUGUUAGCUCGGAAGUUAGCGUGUUGAGUAUUAGUUUGUAUAUGUGAGUUUGAAGCUUUCAAUUUCUUGGGAUAAUGAGUGUACUAAUCUAUCUUUCAUAAAGAUUGGGAUUUGCAUUUGGACCGCUUUGUUGGGCACCGAUAUCUGAGCUCUGGGGAAGAAGAUGGAGUAUGUUACCUGCAUUGUUUUGUCUGGGACUUUUCUCCAUCGGAACGGCCACGAGUAAGAAUGCGGCGUCCAUUUUUAUAACGAGAUUCUUUGGAGGAUUAUUCGGAUCGGCACCUGUUUCCAAUGUUUCUGCCGCGUUGGGAGAUAUGUGGAGUCCCAAAGCUCGAGGGACGGCUGUCACAUUUUAUGCAGUUGCAGUCGUAGGUGGACCGACACUAGGUCCUUUGAUAGGGAGCGCUUUGCUUGUGAAUCCACAUUUGGGAUGGAGAUGGACGGAAUAUCUAGAGGCAAUUUGGGUAUUUGGUGUUUUUGCAGUCGCUGUGGUUUUUCUACCAGAAGUUUAUACUCCCGUCCUACUCAAAAAGAAAGCCGCUCGUCUCCGCAAAGAAACCGGUAAUAACGCUUACUAUCAUCCACACGAAGAUAUAAAGCUAGAUGCCAAGACAAUCAUCACGAAACACUUUUCUCGUCCCCUCCUAAUGCUUACCACCGAACCAAUGGUCACCUGUAUAGCCUUCUACGCCUCCUUCGUUUACGCAAUCCUCUACCUCACCCUCGAAGUAUUUCCCAUCGUCUUCUCCGAACACCGGGGCUGGUCCCCCGUCAUCUCUUCCCUCCCUUUCCUCGGACUCUUCGUAGGCGUCAAUCUUGCCGUCGUCGUCAACCUCGGCAAUCAACCCCGCUACGCACGUAUCGUCGACGCAGCAGGCGGACGUCCUGUCCCCGAAGCUAGACUCGCUCCCAUGGCACUCGGGGGAAUUUUAUUCGCCAUCGGUCUUUUCUGGUUUGGAUGGACAGCUGCCCCAAAUAUUCAUUGGAUUCUUCCGGUUAUCGCCUCGGUGUUUAUUGGUGCUGGCUUUAAUAUUAUUUUUCAACAGUGUAUUAAUUUCUUGGUUGAUACUUAUGCCUUGUAUGCCGCGAGUGCGGUUAGUGCUAAUACUUUCUUGAGAAGUAUUUUGGCGAGUGGGUUUCCCCUGGUGGCGGGUCCUAUGUUUAGGGGAAUGGGUGUUGGGCCCGCGAUGAGUGUUUUGGGUGGUGUGGCUACGUUGGCGAUACCCGUCCCGUUUUUGUUUAUGAAGUAUGGGGUUGCGUUGAGGAGGAAGAGUAAAUUUGCUCCGUUUAAGGGUUGAUGGAUUGGUAAAAAGCUGAGAUGAAUGAUGUAUAUAAAUGGCAUAAUUCUGGGGUACAUAAAUGUAUAUAAUAUAGAUCUGGAGAUGAGGUACAUAUCAUAUUAGACUAAUUCUUUUUAUUCGAUGGUUA